AUGGCUACCAUCAAAUCUGUAGCAAUCAUCGGCGCAGGACCUGCCGGCGCAAUUGCACUUGAUGCUCUGGCGCAAGAGCAAGCAUUUGAUAAAAUUCGACUCCUUGAGAGAAGGGAGAAAGCUGGAGGAUGUUGGCUCGGAGAUCCCAAAGAUCACGUCCAACAAUUACCAGACUUUGAGAAGAUUGCUUCUCGCAGGGCAGAUGAGCCUCUCCCAAUCCCGUCCGAACUUCCCGCCAUUCUUCCGCAUAAUACUCAAUAUCGAUUUUCUGAUACGUCAAUAUAUCCUACGCUGGAAACGAAUAUUGAUGCAUUUGCCAUGUCAUUUUCUCAAGAACCGUUUCCGGAAACAAGAUCUGCAGUCAAUAUUAAGAGACACGGUAAUGAUUCACCGUUUCGUCAUUGGAAGGUUGUGGAGAAAUAUAUUCAAGAUUUGGUGGAUAGAAGAGGAUAUCCGGAUCUGAUAUCGUAUGACACCACUGUGGAGCUUGUGCAUAAAGACCCACACACAUCGAAAUGGGUUCUGACGUUGCGCAAACCACUCGACAGUGGAAUUGAGGAUAGAUGGUGGACAGAGUCUUUUGAUGCGGUGGUUGUAGCAGCGGGACACUAUAACGUUCCGUUUAUACCUUCAACUCCGGGUCUCUCUACCUUUUCUCAAAAUUUUCCUGGUAGGGUUCUUCACUCAAAAGCUUGGCGUGACCCAGAACCAUAUCAAGGAAAGCGUGUGGUAGUUGUUGGUGCUAGUAUUUCCGGACCCGAUAUAUCUUAUGCUCUCGUUGAUUAUGUCGAGCGACCUCUUCAUGCUGUCGUUCGGGGCAGAUACCAUCCUUACUUUUUCGACUAUGCUUUCCAACAUCCCAAUAUUCUUCGACGUCCGCCAAUAUCUCACAUAACCUCAGAUCCUGGCACAGAUGAAAGAACAGUACAUUUUGAAGAUGGAAGUAAGUUGGAAAAAGUAGAUUAUAUUAUAUUCGGGACUGGAUAUUCCUGGACACUUCCUUUCAUUCCUAAUCUAGAUUCUACAAUCCGUAAUAAUCGUCUCCCAAAUCUUUAUCAACAUAUUUUUUGGCGCGAGGACCCUACCUUAACUUUCGUCGGUGCUGUGGGCGCAGGAUUCACAUUCAAAGUUUUCGAAUGGCAAGCUGUACUAGCAGCACGAUUUUUAGCCGGACGCAUCAUUCUUCCUUCUACCGAAGAGCAAAAGAAAUGGGAAGGCGAUAGAAUUGCAUUAAAAGGAGAUGGAGUACAAUUCACGGCUCUAUACCCCGACUUCGAGGAGUAUUUUGAGACUAUACGGGAGAUGGCCGGCGAACCAAAAGACGGUAAAGGUAGAAGUUUACCGAAGUUUGAAAAGUGGUGGAGAGAAGGGUUUGAUAAUGGACAUUUGAAACGAAUAGAUAUGUGGAAGAGGGGAAAUGAAGAAGCUAGACGCAAGAUCGAGGGAGAGAAGCAGACAAGUAUAGUGUCACCAGUAUUACGGGCAGGUUAUUGCUGUGCUUUUAAAUGGUUCAUCUUUACUCAUCCUCGUCUUCCUCGUCCUCAUCUUCUUACUGUCUUCGCUCCUCUUCUGCAUCCUGUUCGUCUUGCUCGUCUUGCUCGUCUUGCUCGUCCUGUUCGUCUUGCUCGUCGUGCUCGUCUUGCAUCAUUUCAAGAAACCCCUGAGCACUUUCCACAUCAAAGACAGGUUGCUCGUAAUCAUACCAAAUAA